UCAAUUUGGUUAGACGCGCAUGACGGAGAGUGGGUACUAUAUAUACAUAUCGACUUCGUCGACGCCGUUGUGAUACACCAAGUUUAUUUCCAGCGUUAGUGCUCCGUUGCACGAAUUUUUCAAAUAUUUAUUUACAAGUCAAUUCAAAAUAUGGAACUUUUGCCAAAAUCAGAAACAAUCGCCCUUCGUGAAAAAUAUCUUUCGCCUUCUUGCGAUCUAUUUUUUCGAAAGGACCCACUGAAAAUAGUUCGGGGUAAAGGACAGUAUAUGUAUGAUGAACUUGGAAACGCUUAUUUGGAUUGUAUUAAUAAUGUUGCUCACGUUGGACACUGCCAUCCUACUGUGGUAAAAGCAGGCUGUGAACAAAUGGCUCUGAUUAGCACAAAUAACCGCUUUUUACAUGACAACAUUGUCCUAUGCGCAAAGCGAUUAAUCGCCACGAUGCCAAGUAACUUAUCUGUAUGCUUCUUCGUGAACUCUGGAUCGGAAGCGAAUGAUUUGGCACUACGACUUGCUCAGAUACAUACUGGAAACACAGAUAUUAUUACCCUCGAUGGCGCAUACCACGGUCAUUUAACUUCCACCAUUGACAUCUCGCCUUAUAAAUUAAAUAUGCCGGGAGGUCCACCUAAAAAAGACUUUGUCCAUAUAGCUCCACUACCUGAUAGUUAUAGAGGUAAAUAUCGCGAUUCAACUUACGGCGAAGACGAAAUCGGACACUUGUAUGCAGAAGAUGUUAAAGAUAUAUGUAAAAAUAUCCAAGAUAAAGGUAAAGGGGUUUGUGCGUUUAUUGCUGAGAGCCUUUUAAGUUGUGGAGGCCAAAUUAUUCCGCCGAAAAACUACUUUAGAGAAGUUUAUCAACAUGUGCGUGCGGCUGGUGGAAUUUGUAUAGCUGAUGAGGUGCAGGUUGGAUUUGGUCGAGUUGGUGAUCAUUGGUGGGCCUUCCAAACGCAUGGUGAUGACGUAAUACCCGAUAUUGUUACGUUAGGCAAACCAAUGGGUAAUGGGCAUCCUGUAUCUGCAGUCAUUACAACACGAGCGAUUGCAGAGAGCUUUAAAAAGACAGGAGUGGGAUAUUUCAAUACAUUCGGGGGGAAUCCUGUGUCAUGCGCCAUAGCAAAUGCAGUUCUUGAUGUAAUCGAGGAAGAAAAUUUAAAGCAAAAUGCUUUGGAAGUUGGCACAUAUUUAAAAAACGCAUGCGAAAAAUUGAGGUUGCAACAUAAAGUAAUAGGUGAUGUUAGAGGAGCUGGAUUGUUUGUUGGUGUUGAGUUAGUUACGGAUCAAAUUCAAAGAUUACCAGCUAAGGAAAUUGCAACAUAUGUUGUAAGUAGAAUGAAAGAAGAACGUGUAUUGCUGAGCUCCGAUGGACCUGAGGAAAAUGUUAUAAAGUUUAAACCACCCAUGGUGUUCAGUAAAGAAAAUGUAGACACUGUUAUGCUACUACUGAAUAGGGUACUACUUGAAGUGAAAGAUAUUCCAAAUUUAUGUGGUGUAGAAAAAAGUACUGAUUUAAUAACUGGAAAGGGACCGUUGAGCAUUAAAAAACAAGUUAAUGAACAAGUUAAGUGUAUUUGAAUUGUUAUUUUUGUAAUGAAUUUUUACUUCUAUGCACAUAUUGUGUGUGAUUUUUAAGACAAACAGUGAAUAUUUUUUAAUUAAGUAUUAAAAAGUGGUUGUAAAAACAAUAAUUUUUAUCUUCUCUAUGGUUAUUGAAGUUGUUAAACAAAUUUUAUUCUAUUUUUUAAUAUAAUUCUUUUAUACUAUA